AUGGCAGAUGAUGAUCAAUUUAAUAUGGAUGACGAUAGUGAAGAUAUCGAAGAAGACGAAGAAGAAGAACAAGAAGGAUCAGAUGAUGAUACUGGAUUUUUUCCUAUCGAUGAACCAAUUGUAUAUUCAUCACAAUCAAAUAAUAUAAUAACAGCACGUACUUCAUCAGAACAGUCAACAACUAAACUUUCUUCCAGUUUGGGGGGAGCAUCGAAUACUUAUUCACAAGAUAAUAAUUUUGAAUAUGUUGUAUUAUCACAAGAUGAUAUAGUCAAAUAUAUGGUUGAAUGUAUAAAAGAAGUGAAUGAAGUUAUAAAAUUACCAACAACAACUGUACGUUUAUUAUUACAUCAUUUUCGUUGGGAUAAAGAAAAAUUAAUGGAACGUUUUUAUGAUCCACAUCAUCAAGAUGAAUUAUUUCGUCAAGCACGUAUUGUUAAUCCAUUUAAAAAAACUCCUCAGUUACAAACACAAUUAUCAAAUUCAUUAAAUCGUUCAACACGUCGUCAAACAUCAGUCACAACAUCAACAUCACCUUCAACUAACCAGACAUGUAUAAUAUGUUGUUCAAUAAAAUCUUCACAUGAUAUGGCUGGUUUAGAAUGUGGUCAUAUAUUUUGUAUUGAAUGUUGGCGACAUUAUUUAACAACAAAAAUUAUGGAUGAAGGUAUUGGUCAAACAAUACCAUGCCCAGCUAAAUGUGACAUUCUAGUCGAUGAUAAAACUGUUUUAAAUCUUAUUGAAUUACCAGAGGUUCGUCGAAAAUAUCAACAUUUAAUUACAAAUUCAUUUGUUGAAUGUAAUCGUAAUAUGCGUUGGUGUCCAGGAACAAAUUGUACAAAUGCUGUUAAAGCAUCAUACUGUGAUGUUGCUAUGGUAACAUGUACAACAUGCAAAACAUCAUUUUGUUUUCAAUGUGGGCAAUCAUGGCAUGAACCAAUUAAAUGUAAAUGGCUUAAAAAAUGGCAAAAAAAAUGUCAUGAUGAUAGUGAAACAAGCAAUUGGAUUGCUGCAAAUACAAAAGAAUGUCCCAAAUGUCAUGCAACUAUUGAAAAAAACGGCGGUUGUAAUCACUUAAUAUGUAAAAAUCAAUCAUGCAAAUAUGAAUUUUGUUGGAUAUGUUUGGGUCCAUGGGAACCCCAUGGUUCAUCAUGGUAUAAUUGUAAUCGUUUCAAUGAAGAUGAUGCUAAAAAAGCACGUGAUGAUCAAGAACGUUCACGUGCAGCAUUACAACGUUAUCUUCAUUAUUAUAAACGUUUUCAUAAUCAUCAUGAAUCAUUAAGAUUAGAAAAUAAAUUAUUAGAUCAAGUACAAAAACGUAUGGAAUCUAUGCAACAACAAAUGAGUUGGAUUGAAGUACAAUUUCUACAAAUAGCAUGUGAUGUACUUCGACAAUGUCGUCAAACAUUAAUGUAUACAUAUCCAUUUGCAUUUUAUCUUAAACGAAAUAAUCAUUCAAUUAUUUUUGAACAAAAUCAAGCUGAUUUAGAACUUGCUACUGAAGAAUUAAGUGGUUAUUUAGAACGAGAUUCAACUCAAACCACAAAUUUAACUGAAAUGAAACAAAAAGUGCAAGAUAAAUAUCGUUAUUGUGGUACACGUCGAAAAGUAUUAUUAGAUCAUGUUGCUGAAGGAUAUGAAUCACAUGUUGAUGGUCGAAAAGUUAUUGUCGAAGCUAAACAAGAAGAUCGUCAAAAGGAUGGUGAUUUUACUAUUCAACAAAUUCGAAAAUCAUAUGAAUUACCUGAACAUGCUGAUACAAAUCAUUUAACUUCAUAUGUAACACCAAAUAAUAUUCUUGUCAUUGAAGUGCCUAUUCGUAAUCCAGAAGCUGAACGUCGUCUUGCACAAGCAAAGAAAGAUAAUCAAAGUUUAACACAAUUUGGUCAUUAUCGUGAUCCAUUUUUUGAUUAUGUUGAUUUCUUAAGUGGUUCUGAUUUUCAACCACAUAUUGUUGAUAAAGGUGAACAUAAAUAUAAAGAUGAAAAUCGUUCAGAACGAUCAUAUUUUUUUAAAUCAACAACAUUAUCACCCGGUACACAAGUUGAUCAAUUAAAAUCGAAAUUAAUGGAUAAUGGACAAUUAGAAAUUGAAGCACCAUUUAUUGAACAAAAAGAAACUGCAAAAUCAAUCGAAAAUCAUAGUAAAUAA